GGUAAUUGUCAUACUUACAAAACAUGUCAGAACACAAAGACCCCAAAGCUAAAGCAGAGCUACUCUCUCUUUAAAUUUCAAUCCAAAUUUUUUCCUCUGAACCAAACAGAAAAAUUUCCAAACUCCAUUACCACCAUCACCAUAAUGCAGAGCUAUUCUUUCUUAGGAAACACAGGCUCAGGGAUGAUCCCUUCAACAUCCUCUUUACUCUCUUUAUACGCAUCUUUUUCCACUUCUAUGAUGCUCUUACGAAACGCAUACCAUGAAUUAGUUCCCCGUAAAAUUGAAUCUUUCCUCAUUUCAAAGCUCACCAUCUUAUUCUCCCGUAAAAAAUCCGCAUCUCUCGACACCUUCAUCAUCGACGAUUCUUGGGACGGUCUCGACCGCAACAAGCUCAUCGACGCCGCAAGAUUCUACUUAUCGUCCAAGAUCGACAGCAAGAAUAAAAUCAUCCGAGUCGGUAAGUUCAGAGGCCAAGAGAAUGUAACCGCCGCUUUAGUCGAAGGCGAAACGGUCGUCGAUGUGUUCGACGGUAUUGAGAUUACCUGGCAAUUUGCCAAGGAAGAGGGGAGCAACGACGGCUCCGGUAACGGCGGAAAGAACAGUAAAAACAGUAACCGGAUUUAUAAUAAGGGUUACUUCGAGAUUACUUUUGAAGAUGAGUACAGAGAUAAGAUUUUCAAUGAGUAUUUAACCCACAUUAUUCAUACUUCGAAACUCAUGACUCAAGGCGAAAAGCUUUUGAAGCUGUUCACGAGGUCUCGCGGCGGCUGGAAUAGCAUAGAUUUUCAACAUCCGUCGACGUUUGACGCGCUGGCCAUGGAUUACGAGCGGAAGCAGUCGAUCAUCGAUGACUUGAACAGAUUCUUGUCGAGGAAGGAAUAUUAUAAGAGAAUCGGAAAGGCGUGGAAGCGCGGUUAUCUUCUUUAUGGACCUCCGGGGACUGGAAAAUCGAGCUUGAUUGCCGCGAUGGCGAAUUAUUUGAAGUUUGAUGUGUAUGAUUUGGAGCUUGCUAAUAUAAUUUCUGAUAGUGAUCUGAGAAGAGCCAUGCUUGAUAUUGAUAGAAAGUCUAUAACUGUUAUUGAAGAUAUUGAUUGCAAUUCUGAGGCGCAUAGUAGAGCAAAAUCUAAAAGAAAAUCAUCAUCAUCUGAUGAUGAUGAUUCUGAUGAUGAACUUCGGGUCACCAAGCAAUUUUCGCUUUCGGCCUUACUAAACUGCAUUGAUGGAUUGUGGUCGAGUUGCGCGGAGGAGAGGAUAAUCGUAUUUACGACAAAUCACAAAGAAGUUCUAGACCCUGCAUUGCUUCGUCCGGGGCGGAUGGAUAUGCACAUUCACAUGUCCUAUUGUACUCCUCAAGGAUUCAGGAUUUUGGCCUAUAAUUACCUUGAAGUGAAAGAGCACCCAUUAUUUAAAGAAAUUGAUGAGUUGAUAAUGAGUACGGAGGUGACCCCUGCAUCUUUGGCUGAGGAGUUAUUGAAGAGUGAAGAUGCUGAUGUGGCUCUUGCAGAAGUUGUUAAUUUCCUUAAACAAAGGAAGUUGGAGAAAGAAAAAGCUGAAGAAGAAAAGAAAACCAAGAAAAGCAUUGUAGAAGAAUAGAAGAAAAGCUCUGUUUAGUAUGAACAGCUUACUAUGUUAUGAUUAAUUUAUAGGAUUUUAAUUAUCAUUUAAUUUUUA